CCUUCACCGGAGCUGUCCUGUUGUUGAGGUGCUUAGCGCAAGGUAAGAGGGACGCGUUAAAAUGCAGCGCAAGGCAGCCGUGGAAACCGCGAUACUACUUGGAGUUGUAAUGAGCCAGUUAAGCAGCAUAAGGUGCACCAGAUCUCCACCUAGCUGUCAGCAGAACUGGGAAACAUGCAUGGCCCACUUCUGUUCCAGCAACCAGACAAUUCUUCAACACAUCUGCAAAGAUGGAGCUUGCCAGAUGAAAGGCUGGCGUCGGUGUGCCCUCACCCUGCGCUCCCUGACGGAGGGCCACCCAGACCUGCGCCCCUGCCUCUGUCCUGGGGAGGGCGAGAGGCCCUGUGCCCUGCUCAGACAGCUGCACACACACUGCCUCCCACACACACACACAGGUACAAUAGCUGAACAGAAGAUGACUCCUCCAAUGGACUGGGAAACCAACCGUCUCCAAGAUCCUUCCCUUCCUGGUCUCCCAGGGCCCAGCAGAGGCGGGUCCUGUCUACAGCAGAUGUCUGUCUGCAUCCAGGACAAUGCGUGUAACAGACAGCUGGUUCCUGUCAUCCAGACCUGUUCCAGCAAACCUUGCCAAAACAGCCAGUGUGCCCGAGUCACCCAGGCCUUCUACCGGGGCCUGGCUGCAGAAGUGGCCCUGGGGCUGGGGAUGUGCCAGUGUGAGCCUGGGGACCUGGACUGCCAGGGCGUCCAACACACACUGCACUCUGGCAGCUGUGGGGCAGAGGAGGAGGAGAAGGAGGAGCGGACGUGUCUGGAAGAGGUGGACGGAUGUCUGGAGGACUCGACCUGCAGGCCCGUGCUGGAGGGGCUCCUGUCCCAGUGCUGGUCUGAGGAGGACCGGCCUUGCAGUGCCUCCCUGUCCUCCGUCUGCCUCUCCCUCCUGGACCCCACCCUCCUCCUGCGGCAGCACCCUGGCUGUCUGUCUGCUCUGGUGGCCACGGCGGGGACCCCCCUCCGGCAGCGCUGCACCUGCCGGAGUCUGGACCAGCACGGCCUGCUGCGGUGCACCGCGCUGCACCACGCCCUCCUCAACCACUCACUCUACCAGCUUCCAGUGUUGGAGGCGACCGGUUCCUCUCACCAGCCAGACCUUGUGAGUGGACCCCAGACUCACAGCUGGAUGAGUGACCAGUUGCUGUGUAUCUUGGCCUAUGUGCUUCUGGUCGUGGCUGUUCUGCCAGGGGCCGUCCUGGUUGUUUAUAAGCUGGGGAGGGAAGUUUGGUUGUCGUAUUGUUGUAACUGCAGGACGUACAGAGGAGCAGAGAAGGCAACAUUUCAACCACCCGAGAAAAGGAGUUCAUUAAUUGUUACGUGAACAGACUGAUGUCGUGUUCAAACAUGCAUGUGUGUAUCUGUGUACAUUGUUAUAUGUUGUUAGUAAGGGAACUACUGCAGUUCAACUGUAAGAAUGUAAUUUGAUUUAGGGUUUGCAUGGUCUAAUCCAAUGCAACAAAAUAAUAAUGUUUGAUUCAAUUCACUUUAUUGAUGCUGAAGGAAAUUCAGAGCUGAUCAUUUUUUUUUUCGAUCAAUACUUCCUGUUUACAUUGUGUUGUGCAUAAAGCUUUAUA